GGGACCGAGGGGGAGGCAGAGGCACUGCAAUUCACACACUCGAUAUGUCUUCUAGCGGCACUGGUCCAUCAUCAUAGUAUAGUUGCAUCCGUGGUUUUGACUUCUGCCCUUGGCAUUGCGGAGGCAGGCGGGUGUGAGUGCACUAGAUCGGAACCUCAGGUGCAGGUGUGGAAAUUACAAUAUUCUAUCUGACGUCGUUGAUAGAAGAGAAAGGGGUUAUGCAAACGCGCGGAGCGAAACCCUCGUGAUUGGUUGAAGGGGUGAGGUCAGGUAGGAGUCGAGGCGCCGUUUGUUUAAAAACCCCUCCCCGUAUGCCGUGCAUUUAGACGCGAAUCAAUUUUCGUGUCUUUAUGUUCAAGACGGCCAACUACCCGAUGGCUGCGGAUCCCGGGCCCACCAUCAUGCAUGGGAGUUGGUUCAACAACACAGGCUUCAGGGGAAACAAUACGCCUGUGACGGUUGAGAAACCGAAGAAGGCAUUUUACCUGGUCAGAAUGAUGUCUCUCAACAACAAUAAGAAAGAGCAACAAACCAACCAUCAGCAUCACCAGAAUAGCAAUAUGCCCUUCAUGAUCCACUGUCACAUCGGGAAAGAGAUCAAGCACAUUUGCAGCAACUGCAGCCGAGCGAACGAUACCCAGGACGCAGAGGACGUCGAGAGGCUGGCCGCAAUGUGCUCUGAGUCCCUGGUCCCUGGCACGCACACCCCACCCAUCCGCCGCCGCAGCAAGUUUGCCACUCUGGGCCGUCUCCUCAAGCCCUGGAAGUGGAGGAAGAAGAAGAGUGAGAAGUUCAGGCAGACCUCUGCAGUGCUGGAGAGGAAGAUGUCGGUAAGGCAAAGCAGAGAGGAGCUGAUUAAGAGAGGCGUGCUGAAGGAGAUCUUUGAGAAAGCAACCGUGGAAUUCCAAUCCUCGAUGGAGGGCGGAGUCUGUACUCAGGAGCCCUCUAGUAUGAAGUCGUCUAUGGUCCUUCCUUCAAAGAAAUCUGUUGGUUUCCUCUGCAACGUUCAGGACAACUCCGCCAAGCCCCCCAUGUACCACAAACAGCCCCCUGCGCUCCCCCCCAGACCCUUCAACAGGAUUCCCAACUACAGCACAGACUCUUGCCAGCAGAUGAAGCUGUCCUGUAUGCCAGGCCAGGGAGGGAAGCUCUCUCCUUCGCUACCUCCCAAGAAGGUUAUGAUCUGUGUGCCUCAAGGGGGGAAUGGACAGCUCCUCCCCCUCCCCCCUCAGCACUUUCUCCCAGCAGAAGUGCCCCCCUCUACAGGGCCACCCCCAGGGCCACCCCUCCCACCAUGGCCCUCUGCUGCCCUCGCAGCUCACAGCCCUGGCCAACCUCCACCAGGGCCUCCUGGGGGGGUGGGAACCACCAUAACCACGGGCACACCCACAACCAUGGCCACAGCCACCCACUCCAGCUGCAGUACGGAUCCAUGCAAGGCCACACCCCCAGCCGCAUUAUCGAGGAGCUCAACAAGACGCUGGCCUUCAACCUGCAGAGGCUGGAGAAGUGAGUUCAAUGCAAUGCAUUCUGGUCAGUGUAGUCUGCUGGACAGAAGCCAGGUGCCCUCUGUGGUCAUCGACGAGGACAACAAGGAGAACAUGCCCAACGAGUCCGACUACGAGGACCUACCCAGCAUGUACAAAGAUGAGGAUGAAUAUGAUGACGAGGAUGAUGAUGAUUCGCUCUUUACAAGUACCCUGGCUCUGAAGGUGUUGAGGAAGGACUCUCUGGCCGUCAAGCUGAGUAAUCGUCCAUCUAAGAGUGAGCUGGAGGAGAAGAACAUCCUGCCAAUGCAGACUGACGAGGAGAGGCUGGAGUCCAGGCAGCUGAUAGGCACCAAGCUCACACGGCGGUUGAGUCAGAGGCCCAGUGCUGAGGAGCUGGAACAGAGGAAUAUCCUGAAACCGCGCAACGAGCAGGAGGAGUUGGAGGAGAAGCGGGAGAUAAAACGCCGGCUAACGCGAAAGCUGAGUCAGAGGCCCACGGUGGAGGAGCUGAGACAGGCGAAGAUCCUGAUCCGCUUCAGUGACUACGUAGAGGUGUCUGACGCCCCGGAACACGACCGGCGGGCAGACAAACCCUGGACACGCCUCACAGCAGCCGACAAGGCAGCUAUACGGAAGGAACUCAACGAUUUCAAGAGCAACGAGAUGGAAGUGCAUGAGUCAAGUCGCCAUUUAACCAGGUUUCACAGACCAUAGACUAUCACUGUCUGAUUGGAACGCUGGACAGACUGGCUGUUUUCCACUGAGAACCAUAAGUGCUGGACAGGAAAUGGUGCUCAUUUCUACAAUAAGGCCAUGUCUUCUGAUCUGAAAUGCCUUUCAAUACCCUGCAACUGAGUUGGUCGGUAGCUUCCCCUCCAGAGACAAACAGUAGAUGGACACCUGAAUUAGUAGCACAUAAUCUACCCCCCCCCCCCAAUUCUCACCCAUCUUAACAUCUUUUCUUUCUGUGUAACUGACUAGCUGGUCCCACACCCCAAUGCUGAACGCUCAGGAAAGCACCUCCGUGCUUUGGGGAUGAUGGUAGUGGGAUAGGCUGGUUGGGAUUGGACACCUGCCAUCUCCAUCAUUGACUGGCUGUGAUGACACCUGUGCCCCUCCCUCAGUGUCAUUCUUGGCUGUGAUUGAUCUGUUGCUCUUGGUGAGAGGAGCCUCCACUUCCUCACUCUCUCUUCAUCAAAAAGGACAGUUUUAACCCCUCUAUCCAUGGACCUUGGGAGAGAUGGACUUCAACCACUUGGAGAACGUUAUCCUGGCUUGGUUAAGAUUAACCUGGUGUUGUUUGUAGAGUCACCUGUAGUGUUUGAAUGGUGAAAGAGAAAAAGAAGUGGGGGAUCCAUACGACACUCCAGAAUUGUGUGCAAUAUUUUUCCUCUGCUCUUCUUGGGUUAUAGCGCCCUCUGGGGCUCACCCGGUGUCAUUAUGUAAUCUCACCUGUACUUCUCCCCAACAUGGGCAGUUCAAUUCCCACUGUUACUGACAAUGUUGUCUAUUGCUAACUGUGAAUUUGAGAGUGCAGACAAUAUUUUGGUUUUGUUUCCACUCUCCAAAUAUACAUCGUGUUUAUACACACAUGAAAGUAACAAGAGAAUCACACUUCAAUUUUGUCCAUUUCAUGUUGGGAUCUUAAAAGGGUCAAUUCAAUGAACAAUGCAGCUGGCAGAUAAUGCACUAACUGUAUAUAUGUGUUAAGGUUGAACAGCUUUUUAAAUCAUUUUAGUUUAGUUUUUAAAAGUGGUGCUUUGAUUUUAAACUGAGUUGUGGCUUCAGGGGAUGUCACAGGCCUCUGAUAUAGACUUCCUCCAGGAAGAGAGAAUCUGCUUCCCAAAUGGCACCCUAUUUCCUAUAAAGUGCACUACCUUUGUCCAGAGCCAUAUGGGCUCUGGUCAAAAGUAGCGCACUAAAUGGGGAAUAGGGUGCCAUUUAGAACGGAACCCUUGGUUUGGCGUCCAGGAAUACUUUAUGGUUUUUAUUAUUCAUUGUUGAGGAUCAAGCUUUUCUCUCGUUUUUGCAUUAUGUUUAAUGAACUCUGCUCAUGUGAGUGCCCUGCACUUGGUUCUGUUUUUGGGGGGGAUUUUGUCUUUUUUGUUUGUUUCCUGUGUCUACUUAAGAACAAGCAAUAUUCUUUCUGCCUCUUGGCAAACUGUAUGAAAACCCUGUUUUCUAGUUUGUUCUUGUUUUCUUACUGUGGAUAUUUAAAUCACAGAGUAUUCUUUUUAUUUUUUUUUACUCUUCUUGUAAAAAUUACAAUGUAAAUGGUCCUCUUUCAUUUC